AAAACCAGGAAACUACUUUUCAAGCGAGUUUGUUUCUCUCUCUGUCUGUCAGUAUAUUAUUGAAAUAUGGCAGAAGCUCAUGUUUUUAAGGACAAGUUCAGCUGUUCAGUGUGUUUGGAUCUCCUGAAGGAUCCAGUGACCAUUCCCUGUGGACACAGUUACUGUAUGAGCUGUAUUACAAACUGCUGGGAUCAAAAUGAGAUGGGAAUCUACAGCUGCCCUCAAUGCAGACAAACCUUCACACCAAGACCUGUUUUAUUUAAAAAUGUGAUGAUUGCUGAAAUGGUGGAGGAACUGAAGAAGACAAAACUUCAGACUGCUGUUCCUGCUGACUCUUAUGCUGAAGCUGGAGAUGUGGAGUGUGACGCCUGUACUGAGAGAAAAUACAAAGCUGUCAAGUCCUGUCUGGAGUGUCUGAAGUCUUACUGUCAAAAUCAUCUUAAACAACAUGAGAAUUUCUUCAAUGACAGGAGGCAUCAUUUGAUGAAUCCCACCAGACAACUUCAUGAGAUGAUCUGCUCAAAACAUAAUAAACAACUAGAAAUCUACUGUCGAACCGACGAACACUGCAUUUGUUAUCUGUGUACGAUGGACGAACAUAAAAACCAUGAUACUGUGACAGCUGUAGCAGAAAGAACUGAGAAACAGUUAUUUGUUAUCUCACAGAGAGUUUUGGUAGAGCGACAGAGAAAAUUACAUCAGAUAAUUGAGGAGAGAGAGAAGGAGCUUCAGGAGCUGAGAGAGGCUGUGGACUCUCAUGCGCGCUCUGCACAGACAGCAGUGGAGGACAGUGAGAGGAUCUUUACUCAACUGAUCCGAUCCAUUGAGAGAAGACGAUCUGAGGUGACACAACUGAUCAGAGAUCAGGAAAAGACUGCAGUGAGUCGAGCUGAAGGAGUCAUGAAGCGUCUGGAGGAGGAGAUUGAUGAUCUGAGGAGGAGAGACGCUGAACUGAAGCAGUUUUCACAUACAGACAAUCACAUCCAUUUCCUACAGGGUUUUCAGUCUCUGUCUGCAGCUCCUGAGUCUUCAGUCUCACACAGAUUUACUCUCAGCUCUCUCCUCUCUUUUGAUGAUGUGAGAAAAUCUCUCUCUCAACUGAAAGACAAACUGGAGGAUUUCUGUAGAGAGGAGAUAAAGAAGAUAUCUGGUGAUGUUACAUAUAUCUCAGUUAUUUCUAAUGAACUGAAGACCAGGGAGGAUUUCCUACAAUAUUUCAAGCAGUUCACACUGGAUUCAAACACAGUGCAUAAAAACAUUCAGCUGUCUGAUGGGAACAGAACGGCUACUCGCACUAACACAGUCCAUCAGUAUCCUGAUCAUCCAGACAGAUUUGAUCACUGGAGUCAGGUGUUGUGUAGAGAGAGUUUGUGUGGACGCUGUUACUGGGAGGUUGAGUGGAGUGGUAAUGUUAGUAUAUCAGUGUCAUAUAAGAGCAUCAGCAGGAAGGGAGAGGGUCGUGGGUGUUGGUUUGGAUUUAAUAAUCAGUCCUGGAGUUUGUACUGCAGAGACUCCAGCUGCUCAUUCAGUCACAAUAACAAACUCACUAAACUCCCUGUAGUGUUGAGCUCCUGUAGAAUAGGAGUGUAUGUGGAUCACAGUAAAGGAUCUCUGUCCUUCUACAGCGUCUCUGAUACAAUGAACCUCAUACACAGAGUCAACACCACAUUCACUCAACCACUUUAUCCUGGGUUUACCAUCAUUUUAGGUUUAGUGAAGUUAUGUAAUCCAGCAGUAGAUGAGAGAUUCUCUAACUAAUACUGCAAACUUCGACUAAAAUGAUAAUAUAGUUUAUUCACUAACACUGUUACCCUGGGCCUUGUUUAUUGUAAGAGUUUCCACAGACAAUCUUGUUAUCUUGCGAAAUUGAUCAUAGAUAUUUUACAAUAAAUACUGUUAAAUUCAGGGUUAUAGGGGGGAUUCAGACAUGAUUAAAGGGAGAAAAAAAUCUGAAAAUGAGGAAAACUUGAUCAUUCAGAAUGGAUAUUGUAAGAUUACAAGUGCAAAUUAUGUUUUUAAUAUAAGCAAACACAUAAAGAAUUAGUUUGUCUUCAUUUCUGCAUUCUCCAAACUCUGUCACAUUCAUUAACUUUUACCUUCAUGUUUGGAGAGGAGUAACUUUUAGCAAGCUAAGUUGUUUAGUUUGAAGAUAGAAAUAAAGUCAGAAGCCUUUUUUUUGAGAUUAUGGUUGUUGUUGGGAUCGUUGCACCCUAAGGGCUAUAUCAUACACCCAGCGCUAUGCCCAACACAAGUGUCUUUUGCUAGUUUCAACCUGGCGCAAUGAUCAUUUUCACGUUUAGCGCCACGUGUUUAAAUAGCGAAAUGCUUUAGCGCCCAAUUCUGUGCCCAUGGGCGUUCUGGGCUGAAAAUGAGGUGUGUUCAAGUGCAUUGUUGGCGUGUUGCUAUUUUGAGGCAACUAAAAUAAACUACAGCAUUGACCAACAAAAACCUGCUCUAAAGUCAAUGGUGCAAUAUUCUUUAUGUUAUUUAAAGAGCGCAUUAGUAAUAUGCGCCUAUAAAUAAAACAACAACGCG